AUGACGAACAAAAAACUUUCCGACAAUGAGAUAUGGGAUGACUCUGCUCUCGUCCAAUCAUGGAACGAGGCGCUCGAAGAAUACAAGAAAUACCACAGCAUGUCUGCACGAGGCGAACGCGUCGAAGAGGUUCUAGAUGCUGUUGAGAAGAAAGAGGAAGCGCAAUCUACUAUCAAUCUGAAGGCCGCCGAUCUCGACACAACGACGGGUCUUCCACAAUGGGAGACCGUCGAAGAAGACUACCACCCAGAACAAGCCCAGGAAAUAGUGCAACAGCUGAAUCAAGAGCACUUGAAGGCCCAAUCUGCCGACGCGCAACCAGCCAACAAUUCCAACCAGGUCCCUCCACCAGGCAUUUCACAAGUCCUUCUCGAUUCCGUCCAAGAUGAGAGCCUCAAGGCGCUCAUGACAUCCUGGUACUUUGCAGGCUAUUACACUGGCCUUUACGAGGGACAGCGAAAGGCUCAGACUGCCCAGGAGCACCCGACUCACUGA